AUGAAGCUCAAACUAAACACCGCGUCCGCCCAACCAACACCAGCGCCCACGCCCGCCGUUCAAACCCCCGGCGGCAGCGGCCUCAAAAUCUCCUUCAAGCACGGCUCGCUCUCCCAAGCGCCCCCCUCCGCCCCAGCUCCACCCUCCGACGCCGCGCCGCCGCCAAAGCCAAAGCGCAAAUACACCAAGAAAGCCGACAAAGCGGACGGCGAGCCCAAGCCCGCGAAACCUUCCAAGAAGCGCGCGCGCAAAGACGCCGACGACGACGACGGCGACGAAGCCGAGCACGUCACGCCCGCGAACAAGAAAGCCAAACGCCCUUCUCAUGGUGGCGCGAAUGGAUUCCGCGCCGUGCAGCCGCCGUCUGCGUCCGUACUCCCCACGCCAGCGCCAUCGCAGCCGCGCCCUUCGCUGCCGAAGAUCAGGAUCAAGACUAGCGCCAGCAAGCCAGAUGUGGGUCCCGCGCGCAUCAAAGUGAAGCAUCAGGGGAAGCCGCCGCCAAGGCCGCUGGGCGUGGGUUAUGAUAGCGAGGCAGAGGACGUGGAGGUUGACCCGGCGAUCGAGUCGCAGUUUAUCUUGCGCAUGGCGCCCGGUGAGGACUGCGAGUACCUACGCAAGGCGAUCGAGGAGAAGCGGGUUGGCUUGCCGAGAAGUGAAGGCGGGGCGGAUGUGGUGUUUCGGUUCUUUGACAAAGAGGGGCGCAGGGCGGUAGUGAAGAUACGGGGGAGGGACUAUGCGGCUACGCUAGUGGAUCUGCCGUGCGUGAUUGAGGGGAUGAAGAGCUGGGAUAAGAGGGGGUGGUGGAAGAGCGCGGAUAUCUGUCAGAUGCUGCUCGUGUUGGGCAGGGUGCAGAAUGAGGAGGAGGCGAAGAAUUUCCCGUUGCCGAAGGAGGUGGAUCCGUAUACGUUUCAGUAUCCGCAUGGGAUUACGCCGCCGAUGCACAAUGUACGGAAGAGAAGGUUCAGGAAGAGGGUCAGCUAUCGCACUAUUGAAGCUGUCGAGGACGAGGUUGAGCGGCUGCUCGCAGAAGACGACAAGGUCGCAGCGGCUGGCGGCGGCUCGCAGUACAAGAUUCUGGAUCUCGAUCGCCUAAGAGAUGCCGAAGAGGCAACUGAAGAUGAGGAGGAUAUGUACGAGACAGUCGAAGGCGGCGAUGCUGAUGCCGAGGGUGAAUACUACGAAGACGAAGAAGAAGACGACGAAGCCAUGGCGAGACUCAUGGAGCAAGAACUCGGCGGCGACGGCGACGAAGAGGCCAUCACUUCUAGUGCCGUCACGCCGCAGGAUCCCGUACCGGCUGUUUACCAAGCGCCCACCACUGCCGUCAUCAAUGGCGCAACAGGCGCAGAUGCAAUCGUUCUUGCCGCUACGCCCUCGGCCUCAGCUGAUCAGACCGAAGAGGAGUCUGAGGAAGACGACGAUGCGGACGACGCCAUCGACGAGAUGGACGAGGACGCCAAGGCAGCGCAGGACGAGAUGGAUCAGCAGAGAGAGGAGAUUGCUGAGCUGGAGAAGGAGGUCGAUGCUGCUAGAGUGCGCUACGAGAACAUGAAGAAUCCGAUGAUCAAGCAGAAGCUGGCGGAGAAUCUCAUGAGUCUGCAGCAGGACUUGGAACUCAAGCGCGGAUCUAUGGGGGCCGAGUGGGACGAGUGA